AGUUUACUUUUCUCUUCUUUUUUCUUGUUUUGAUUUUCUGUCAAAGAAAUCCUCAAAUUCUGUCAAAUUACAUCACUGUAAAGUGAAUUUCACAGAAGUGACUCUUUUGUGCGUCAACAAUGACGGAACUUCGACUGGAGCUGGAGAGCGUACGCACAGCCACAUUUGUGGAAUGGCCUCUGAACGGCCCCGUCAGUGCCGAGGAUUUGGUGACGAAUGGUUUCUUUGCCACGGGGAAUUGGCUGGAGGCCGAGUGCAACUGGUGUCAUGUGCGCAUCGAUAGGUGGGAGUACGGGGAUCAAGUGGCCGAAAGACAUCGACGCUGCUCCCCAAUUUGCUCCAUGGUGCUGGCCCCCAGUCACUGCGGCAAUAUCACGCUGAGUCAGGAGAACGACAGUGAAGGCAACACCAUGGUGGAUAGCGGCGGUACUGCCUCCCCAUGUGCCUGUCCUGAUCUUCACCUGGAAGCGAAUCGCUUGGAGACAUUCAAGGACUGGCCAAAUCCUAACGUUACGCCUCAGGCUCUGGCCAAGGCUGGUUUUUACUAUCUAAAUCGUUUGGAUCAUGUCAAGUGCGUAUGGUGUAAUGGCAUUAUAGCCAAGUGGGAGAAAAACGAUAACGCCUUCGACGAGCACCGACGCUUCUUCCCCAACUGUCCGCGUGUCCAAAUGGGACCGCUUAUCGAAUUUGCCGCUGGAAAGAAUCUAGAAGAGCUGGGAAUUCAGCCCACAACCCAGCCAAAACUUCCAAACUUCGCCUGCGUGGACUCGCGACUGCGCACGUUCACCGACUGGCCCAUUGGGAACAUUCAGCCUCCCGAGCCACUGGCCCAGGCAGGUCUCUUUUAUCAGAAGAUCGCUGAUCAGGUUCGCUGCUUCCACUGCAACAUUGGUCUGCGCUCCUGGCAGAAGGAGGACGAGCCCUGGCACGAGCACGCCAAAUGGUCGCCCAAAUGUCAGUUUGUGCUGCUGGCCAAGGGACCAACCUUUGUGCGUGAGGUGGGUGAGGCUAUGGCGGCAUCGUCUGGAUCCCAGAUAGCAACGGCUCCAGCUGGAGAGCUGAAUGCCCUAAUGGACGAGAGCCCGGCCAAAGAAGCCCUCGCCCUGGGCAUAGACGGAGGAGUGGUGAGAAACACUAUUCAACGCAAGCUUUCCAGUUCAGGCUCUGCUUUCGAAACACUGGAUGAACUGCUGCAUGCCAUCUUCGACGAGGCGGGCUGUGAAACAGCCCUCGAGGUGCGGGAGCCAACAGAGCCGACUGCACCGCCCCUUGAUUGCUGUCAGGCAACCACCAGCAAAGCGGCAGUAUCCUCCGAUUCCAUGCAGAACAAGGCAGAGCCGGCUGUCGUCCCUGAGGCGAGCAUCUCGGAUCAGAUGCAGAGAAUGUCUGUGGCACCGCCAAAUGGCAACAUUUCAUUAGAGGAGGAGAACCGUCAGCUGAAGGACGCCCGUCUGUGUAAAGUGUGUUUGGACGAGGAGGUUGGGGUGGUGUUCCUACCCUGCGGUCACUUAGCGACGUGCAAUCAGUGCGCCCCCAGCGUGGCCAACUGUCCCUUGUGCCGCGCCGACAUCAAGGGAUUUGUGCGCACAUUUCUAUCGUAAAUCAGCCGCUGGCGAAUAUCAAUACAAAGUACAUAUAUAUUAGAUAAUUACUAAGGGUAUUCCUUCCGUGUGUUUGGCAAUAACAGAUGUUUCAAAAUUUCAUUUUACGUUGGGCUCUGAUUACCCCGGGAUCUGGUAUAGAGAAAACAUGAACCAAAUUCUAUUAAUAUCAAGCAAAACAAUAGAUCAAAUAAUCUGAUGAUCAGCUAAUGGAAUACGAAUACCUUUAACUACAUAACUACUAAGAAACCUACAAAGGAACUGUGUGCAAACUGCGUAUACCCUUCACAGUCCAUAAACUAAGAUCAACACUCUAAGAACUAUAAGCAAUUUCCUAUCGCUAGAUCGAACAUUUCUCUCUACUCUCCAGC